UCGCCACCCAAAAGCCACCGCGAUCCCGUGCUUCCUUCUCGCACCUGCGGAUCUACUCUCCGCACCUGCGGAUCUACCCCCCGGCGAAACAAGCGCCCCGACGCCUCAGGGAAUGCGGAGCGAUGAGGCGGCGCUCAGGCACUGACGUCGCCGGUCAGCGCGAGCUGCGCGGCGACCGAACCUGCCAUCGCAAGCACGUCGAGGACGGGUAGACUCGUCCAUCCUUCCUUCCUCCUGUUAGUCGUCGUAGGGUAGUUUGCACUUUGCAGAUAGCUAGCUAGUAGUUAGGGGAUCAGGCAUGGGUGAGGGCGAGGCGGAGGUGAAGGGCGGGGUGCUGCAGGGCCGCUACGAGCUCGGCCGCGUGCUGGGUCACGGCAACUUCGGGCGCGUCCACGCGGCGCGGGACCUGCGCACCGGGCGGGCCGUGGCGGUGAAGGUGCUCGACAAGGACAAGAUGCUGCGCACGGGCAUGAUGGAGCAGAUCAAGCGCGAGAUCGCCGUCAUGAAGCGCGUGUCCCACCCCAACAUCGUGGAGCUCCACGAGGUGAUGGCCACGCGCUCCAAGAUCUACCUCGCGCUGGAGCUCGUCCGCGGAGGGGAGCUCUUCGCGCGGAUCGUGCGCGCCGGGCGCGUCAAGGAGGACGUGGCGCGGCGCUACUUCCGGCAGCUCAUACACGCCGUGGACUUCUGCCACGCGCGGGGCGUGUACCACCGCGACCUGAAGCUCGAGAACCUCCUCCUGGACGACGCGGGGAACCUCAAGGUCGUCGACUUUGGCCUCAGCGCGCUGGCCGACCACGCGCGCAGCGACGGGCUGCUGCACACGCUCUGCGGCACGCCCGGGUACGUCGCGCCGGAGGUGUUCCGGAACAAGGGCUACGACGGCGCCAAGGCUGACAUCUGGUCGUGCGGCGUCAUCCUCUACGUCCUCCUCGCAGGGUCGCUGCCGUUCCCGGACGACAACGUUGCCGCCAUGUUCCGGAAGAUGAGCCGCGGCGACUACCGGUGCCCGCCGUGGCUGUCCACGGAGGCGCGCAGGCUCAUCCCCAAGCUGCUCGACCCCGACCCCGACACCCGCAUCACCAUCGCCCAGCUCGUCGAGACGCCGUGGUUCAACAAGCCGUCCGUCUCGAGGUCCGUCAGAGCCGCCGCCGGCGCAACCGAGCCGCCGGCCGAGCCUGCCUCCUCCGCAAAGGACGGCGGCGACAAGGACGAGCCACCGGAGACGAUGAACGCGUUCCACCUGAUCUCCCUCUCCGCGGGGUUCGACCUCUCACCGCUGUUCGACGUGGAAGGCGGUCCGGCGAGGGGGCCCCGGGAGGGCGGCAUGCGGUUCGCGACGCGGGAGCCCGCGAGCGGCGUCGUCUCCCGUCUCGAGGAGGUGGCCGCCCGCGGCGGCGGGCGGAUGCGGGUGACCAAGAGCGGCGCCCGCGGCGUUCGGCUCGAGGGCGCGGAGCGCGGGGGCCGCAAGGGCCGGCUAGCCGUGGCGGCCGACAUCUUCUGCGUGGCGCCGUCGGUGCUCGUCGUCGACGUGAAGAAGGACGGCGGCGACUCCCUCGAGUACCGCUCCUUCUGCAGCGAGGAGCUCCGGCCGGCGCUCAAAGACAUCGUCUGGGCGGCCGACCCCCAGCCCGCCGUCGUGUGACGCCCGUGCUGCCGCCUGCCCGCUCAUUGUUUCUGGAUCGUAGUGGUGCCAUAGUUUAGUCAGUGUCAGUUCCAUUUCCAAAGUGAUUGCGUCACUGUUCUCGAUUCGA